GAAAUUGCAUUAAAAAUUGAGCAAAAAAAAUUGAGAAAACAAAAAGUGGCGAAAAGACAAAAAACGGAACAAACAAAGACGCAAAACGAAUCGCUGGAGUUAACGAGCGCUAAAAGGCAAAAAAAAAAAACAGAAUACUACCAAAAGCAGCCGCACAGACUGACAGAAAUAAAAAGAGUAAAGUUUUGAUUGAAAUUUUCACUGUGCUUUCAUCCUUUCUGGAUUGUGUAAAUUUCUGAUUAAAGAACCAGAAACCAUCAACAAAUACGAGGCGCGAAACGUAAAAUAAUAUCCAACCAAAAAGGAUUCCACACAACUCAAUUCGAUCUAACGAAACUUAGAAAGAAGUAUCAAAUAACAAAUAUCGAAGAACUUUUUUGUAAUCGAGCAACAAAGCACUUGGCAGUUCGUGUUUCACUUUUUGUCAUGACAGUUCGGGCCUACAUUUUGCUAUAUUUUUUAUUGUUUAUGCACAGCAAGAUCGCCGGUUGUGGUUCCCCCAGCCAUAAACACAUCUGACUGAUACACACCAAAUUGAGCCGUGAACACUGAAAUUCGAGUGCGAGUGCGAGUGAGUCGUGCAGUAAAAGUCAAAGUCAAAGUCAGCCAGCCAGCCCCACCUAACGUCCACACAAAACAGCCCGAGAACUCGGGUCGUUGACAAAGUAACGCAUUUAGUGAUAAGAGCCAAACGACUUUGGCAAAAUGAGCAGCCAAAGCAGCAAAAGCAGGAGCAGGAGCAGGAGCAGCAGGAGGAGGAUGGGCCAACUAUUGCUCCUUAUCGGCAUCGUCGUCGCAUCAUGUUUGCCGGGAAUCGAGGGCUUCCAGCGGUUCUCGGAACAGCCCAAGUACACGGAGGUGAAUCCCGCCGAGGACACGCUGCUCACAUGCAAAGUUAUCGACAAACGCGGCACGUGCUCCUGGCAAAAGGAUAACAAGCCCGUUGGCAUCUAUACCAAGAAAUACGAAUGGGCCUCACGUAUGCCGACGAGCGACAAUGGGAAUGUCCUGCAUCUGGACCUCCAUCCGCCGCCGGUGCAACUUGGCGGGGACUGCUCCCUGUGGAUCCGCUCGGCCACGCUGGACUUCGACGACGGACUAUGGGAAUGCCAAGUGACGGCCAGUGAUUUCACCACCCAGGAUGCCCUCACCAGUCAGCCGGUCCGCCUUGUCGUACGUGUGGCGCCGCAGCGGCCGAGGCUCGAAUACGAGGCGGUACACGUGCCGCCAGGACACAACAUCACCGCAGACGCCGGCGCAUUGGCGACGGUCAAGUGCGUCUCGCAUUACGGCAAUCCGCCGGCCACCCUCAAAUGGUUUUUGGGCGACCAGGAGAUAUCGGCCAUCCACCCGCAAAUGAAUGCCACCGAGCCGGAUAAUCCACGCACCUGGUCGGCCACCUCGGUGGUGCAGGUGUCGGCGAUGCGGGAGCGCCACGGAGAUAUCCUGCGGUGUGCCGCCCACCACGAGUCCUACACGGCCAAAUCGGUGGUGGUGGAGGCGCGGCUGGACGUGAAAUACGCGCCGAGCAUCCGUCUAAUUGGCUCGCCGGAAAUCGACUUGGAGGAGGACAAGGAUGCCCUGGUCCUGCGCUGCGUGGCCGAUGCCAAUCCGCCGGCCAGCAUCGUCUGGCGGCGAGCAGGUCGCUCCGAGAUAGCCAGCUUGCAGGAAACUCUGCAAUUGCGUCCCGUCGGACGUCGCGAUGCCGGAUUGUACACCUGCCAGGCGCAGAACUCGGUGGGCACCUCGGAGCAGCUGUCGGUGCAGUUGGAUGUGAAAUAUGCACCCAAAAUUAUUUCAGCUGGCCCAGAUCGCCUCACCACCGCCCCUCUUUUCAGUCCGGCCGCCUUUGAGUGCCUGGCUGAUGGUAAUCCCAUGCCAUCCUUCAAAUGGGUACAGAGAAUGGCCCAUGGAUCCAAGUACGUGGAGCGGGGCUCGGAAUCCAGAUUGGUCAUCGACAACGUGACCUACGAGUACCAGGGCGAGUACGAGUGCCGUGCGACCAGCUACAUCAAUGGCCAGGAGCGGGUGGCCAUAUCCGAUCCGGUGUCGCUGCAGGUUGUGGGUGCCCCGCAGGUCCUGCGCCUGCAUCCCUCCCGCCACACCGUCUCCGUGAAGCGAGGAGAGGCGGCCAGUCUCACAAUGGUCGUCUGCGCGGAUCCGCGGCCACAACGCGUCGCCUGGGAAUGGGGCUCGCUGCGUCUGGAGGCCGGCUCGGGCAUCGAUCGCUUCCGGGCCGACGACAUGCAGCCGGACACCCGCGAGGACUGCUACCUGUCCACCCUGCACAUCCUCCACCCGGACGAGCACGACUCCAGGCCCUACUAUUUGGUGGUGGAGAACGAGCGGGGCACCGAUCGCCAUGCCAUACACCUGAUUGUGGAGGGUACGUUUGCAGAACCCUACGAGAUGAGCUAUCUGAUGGGCGUGGCCGGGGGCUGCAUGGCUGCCAUACUUUUGCUGGUCUGCCUUUGUAUCUAUGCGAUCAAGAGCAAGAGAUGCUGCUUCAAGGGUUCCACGGGCUAUAAAUCAUCGGAUAAAGACAGCGAGAAAGCUGAUUUGAAAUCACGCUCGGAUAGCACGAGUGGCCCUCAAGGUGAUUCGAUUUACACCACGCCCGCGGGCUUCCAUCAUCACCAGCAGCAGCAGCAGCAGCAGCAACAACAGCAGCAGCAGCAACAGCAGCAGCAGCAGCAACAACAGCAGGCAGCGGCGGCAGCAGCAGCCGCUCUACACGCCGCAUCUCAACAUCCGCAGCAACAGUAUCCGGGACAUGGAUCGCCGGAGGCAAUGAAGAGCGUGCCGGUACUUCGAACAUUUGGCGGUCAUCACAUCGCGUAGCGCGAGAGGGAUCGGGAAGUGGGCGUGGCCAGCUCGCCCUCGACCACGAUAGCCACGCCCACCGGUACGCCGCCCCUGCUGCCGCCGCUGCCCAAUGCGUUUGUGGCCAUCAAGACGAAGUCCGACUGUAGCAGCAGCAACCACAGCAACAGCAACAACAGUUUGACCCUGAACAGCGGCAACAAUAGCUUCAAGUCGAGUGGUCAGCGGAAGUCACCACAGCCGCCACCGCUGCCCUUGAAGAACGGGGUCAAGCAGCAGCAGCAGCAGCAACAGCAGGAGUCGCACUACCAACAUCUGAGCUACCAGCAACAUCCCGGCGGCAACACCCGCAACACACUGGAUCGCAAGCAGCAGAACAACAGCGGUGGCGACUAUUGCACCCAGAUCAAUCCGCACUAUUUGCAGACCUUCGACAGCUUGGAUCACUACAGUGUGGCCACGAUGCAACAACAGCCGCUACGCAGCCAGUCCAAGUCGCAGAUCUACAGCUACGGCAGCAGCGGCACCGCCAGCGACAACAGCAACCACCAGCAACAUGCGACGCACCAGCAACAUCAGCACUACCAUAGCAGCAGCAACAUUGCUCACAUCGAGCACCACUACCAUCCCCAACACGGUGGCGAUCGCUACAGCCACCCGCACGUGCAACAGCAACAGGUGCACCAGCAACAUCAGCAGCAACAGCAACACCACAGCCUGAAGCACACCAAGCACGGCAAGGCGCACAAGAAUGGCAAGCACGGCUCGAAGGGCAGCAGCAGCAAGUCGCAGGACGACUUCAAGGUCCUGCACAAGCAGCAACCACAGCAACAGCAGCAAAAGAGCAGCGGCAACAGCAAGCCGGCCAAGCGCAAUGGUUGCAGCAAUCAAGUGCUGCCACUGCCACCGCAACAGCAGCAGCAGCACUACUCCAGCUCCAGUGAUAGCCUACCAUUUGAUAAUAACUAUUAUUAGACACUAGCACACACUCAGGCACACUCACAAAUUAACACGGGAAAUGGUUAAGGGUGUCCCCAAAAAUCAAAAGUUUAAACAUUUUGCAAGGUUGCUGACCCAUCAAACAUUUAGACCACUUAAAAUAUGCUUCAAACUACAAAUCUUGCACUUAGUUAUAUUUUAAAUUCAUUAAUGGUUUAAAACUCUAAAGAUUUCCACUUAUAACACGAAACGUUGCACAUCACAAAUUAAACAAUAUACGAAAUUCUUUCUUUAUUACAUUUAUAAUUAUUUUAUAAUUGGUAAAUGAGACCGUAAUUAUUACUCAACAAACAUUAUUCAGCCCCGAUAAACUGUGAAACAAUGUUUUAAAGGAAUUUUAACUAGCAAAUUGCUAUGCACUCACAUUUAUUUGCAUUCAGUAAUUUUUUUGUCGUAUUAUAUUACAUUGUCUUAAUUUGAACACAUUUAUGAAUUAAAAUACCAAAUGAAAUGCAGUCAUUUCAUUAAUUAGUUUUAUUAUUGCAACCAUAAAUUUGCGAUUGUAUUUAAAGAAGGACCUACAUAUUUAAAUAAUGGGAAACUGAUGGAUUUUGGGACAUCCUUUAAAUACCUGUGCUCAACACACACACCCACACACACAGAAAGACUCACACAUUUGUGUUCGCCAAAUGGUUGAAAGUUUUCAUUUGAUUGAGAGAAUUUGCAAACAGAAUUUAGAGCUGCAAGAUGCAUUCCUGAUUGCAAUGCAAAUUUGAUUUUGCGGCUGCAGGAAGACGAUUCCUGGCAUUUUUUCAGCUGCCGGAUACACAGAAGUCUUGGAGGGAGAUAAGUGUUUUGAAUGCCAUUUGUUUGGGCAGCUUGUUGUUUUCGAAUGGAUAGCCUCUAAAUGAAUUGAAUAUUUACCUAGUCUAUAAACUAAUUUAGUUCGUAGCAAAUGUCAAAAACGCAAUUGAAAGCCAUUGAAAUGGCAUAUAAAGCUUAUUGUUUACUGUGUACAUAGAAUGGAUAAGCGUAUUAAACUAGUUACUUAUAUUGUAGACUUAAGCCAGGCCCACCAGUCCCUGACCCAUGACCCCUGACCCCUGACCCUCUGACCCCCUGACUCCAAACAAAAGAACCCCCCAAAAAAAGCUCACCAGCCACCAACUUAGCACCCAAAAGCAGACCGUGUUUUGCCCCCAACUCGGCUAAUCAGAUUUUGUUUAUUUGUUUCAUUAACGAAUUGCUUGAAAUAUCUGCCAACAACAACUCAAACCACACAACAACAACAACAACAACAACAUCGACACACCACAAAAACCACACUGCUUACAACACCUCCAGUCGAGUUCCCAGGCCAGAAGCAGCGCUCACGACGAGCUGGGCAAUCUGCUCUGGCAGCAGGACUCCUGCGAGUUCCUGGAGCAAUAUCCCCCAGCGGAUUG